GCCGGGUAUUUAUCACAAGAGUCGUGACUGUUCCGUUUACAUUGCUAGUUAGGUGCUCAGACGGUUCCUGGUAUACUCGGUUUUGCGUGUGAAGCCCGUGGCCUUCGAUAGGUUUUCGUCAAGUGCGAUUUUUUGGGACUCACCAGAAAGAAUUAAUUUUGUAUAUUUAGUUUAUUUUUAUAUUGUACGUUGUUGUUUGAGAAAGAAUGGCCGAAAGCCCCGAAUACUCCCCGUUCUUCGCAGUGAUGGGCGCCUCUGCGGCUAUGGUGUUCAGCGCCUUGGGAGCUGCCUAUGGCACAGCUAAGAGCGGUACAGGUAUUGCUGCCAUGUCUGUGAUGAGGCCGGAGCUCAUCAUGAAGUCAAUCAUCCCCGUGGUCAUGGCGGGUAUUAUAGCCAUCUACGGCCUGGUAGUAGCAGUGCUGAUUGCCAACAACAUCUCAGACAAGAUCACCCUGUACAAGAGUUUCCUCCACCUGGGAGCAGGGCUGAGCGUGGGCCUCAGCGGGCUGGCAGCAGGCUUCGCAAUUGGCAUCGUCGGCGACGCAGGCGUGAGGGGGACAGCUCAACAGCCAAGGCUUUUUGUGGGCAUGAUCCUCAUCUUGAUUUUUGCUGAGGUCUUGGGUCUCUACGGGCUCAUCGUUGCCCUCAUUCUCUCCACGAAAUAAACACCCAAACAUCUCCACUACAAGAUCAGUCCUUUACGUUGCUGCUGGAGAAAAAGUGUAAAACGAAGGGGGAGGGGAAAAAAAGAGAAAAAUUUCUGCCACGCAAGAUGAAAGAAGUGAAGGCGGGGAAAAAAUGAAUUAAAAUGGCUCCAUAAAUAUGGUCUUAUCUCAACAAUGUGUACAGUCGUCCCAGUUUGAUAGUCAACUUGUAAAUGCGCAAUGUAGUGAUUUGUCUGUCUUUUGUGUGCGCGUGUGUGUGCGUGCGUGUGUUUAAAAAAAAACAAACAAAAAAAAAACAAUUGUAUGAUGAAGAUUCCUUUUUUCCCUCCACUUAUUUCAGGCUUUGAGGCCAGCUGAGGCAGCUUGGUCUCUGGUCUUAGAGAGCUGACCAAAGGGCCACACAGCUUUUUCUCCUCCCAUAUCAACUCGGGAGUUGACACAAUUUCUGCAUUAAUCUUGAGGAUCUAUUUGUAAAGAGAAAUGUGUAUGGACUAAAGAUUUUUUUCCACUGAUUUUAUUUAUAAGAAAUUGUUCAUUGAACUGUUUAAUGCAGCAAACGUCUCUAAUUCCCCAGGAUAUAUACAUAUAUAUAAAUAUAUAUAUAUAUACAGACAUAUAAAUAUCUAUAUAGAUAGAUUUAAUGCACUGUGGGUUAAUUGUGAUAAGUGGUUGGAUUUCCUCUGGAUGUAAUUCUUGGUUAAAUAAUUAAGACUGCCUUUAGUAUGUUGAUGGUGGAGUGGGAGUUUUGUGUGUAGCUGUAUUCUAAUCAUUACGCAAACAUUCUCAAACUUCAGUGUUUUUCCUGUAGUACUGCUGUUUGCAUUAAAGGUGUGUGUGCCCCGUGCUGGGUCUCACAAGUGUAAUUUUCCACA